AUGUCGUUCAUUAUUGUUAAAAGUUGAAUAGUACUAGAAAAGAUAGCAAAAAAUUUCCUUACUUAAAAUGAAGAUGAAAUGUGUCCAAAAACGAUAAUUGUUGUGAUUUUGAUAUUGGGAUUUAUAGAAAAAGUUUCGUGUUUGCCAUUGAAGAUUAGAAAAAAGUUAUUGAAAAGUUUAGAAUUCUAUGAGUCGGAUGCUCAGCUGAGAGUUCUAGGAGGGUUUACUUGCUCCACUUUAGAAUUUCCAUUUCUAGUUAGUAUCAGUUACGAUAAGGGUGACAGAUAUUACAUAAAAUGUGGCGGAACACUGUUAUCCGAGUUUUGGGUUUUGACAGCGUCACAUUGCCUGACCGGUGACUUUGAUUUGGUUAUUUUCGCAGGAGUAAACAGACCUUCAGGACCCUACGUUCGAGACGCACACAGGAAAAUUCUGCAUCCCGACUUCAAUCCACAUACAUUCUUUAACGAUAUAGGACUCAUAAAGCUGGCUAAUCCAUUGCCUAAGUCUAAAUAUAUCGACUACGUAAAAAUACCCAAGAUGUUGUUGGUUCCCACAUACCUAGAGGAAAUAUGUAGUAGAGCCCUAGUAAUGGGCUGGGGAAUAAUGAACAGAGACAGACACAAUCCACAACUUCCCGCAAGGGUCAAUUUACAAUGUGCGUUUAUUCCUUAUCUGUCAUUAGACGAAUGCAAAUACAGCUUAUGGAAUAUCGAUGAGACGAAGAUGUGUACAUUUUCAGCAGAAGGCAUAGACACUUGUCAGGGAGAUUCGGGAGGACCACUGCUCUGUGGAGUAUCUCAAAUAGGAGUAGUGUCGUGGGGCGUUGACUGUGGUGAUGGUAUGCACCCAGGAGUAUACUCUCGCGUGGACAUGUAUUUGGAUUUUAUUAAUAAAAUAAUGACUGAACGUGAUUCUCCCAAUAUUGUCGCUCUAGCAUGCCCAGUAGGUGGUGUUUUUUUGACGGUACUCCACUGUAUUCUUAUGUUUUCUUUAUAUUUGUUUUAGUUGUACAUAUAGCAACAUUAUUAAUAAGAAAAUAUACA